CUUCGCGCACGCGCAAGCCGCGCCGGCUCUGGAGGAUGCCAUGGCGUCCGAGCGACUCCCGAGCCGGCCCGCCUGCCUCCUAGUCGCCAGCGGCGCCGCGGAGGGUGUGUCUGCCCAGUCCUUCCUUCACUGCUUCACGCUGGCCAGCGCCGCCUUCAACCUACAGGUGGCCACCCCUGGGGGGAAGACCAUGGACUUCGUGGAUGUGAAUGAGGGCAAUGCUCGCUGGGUGCAGGAUUUCCGCCUCAAGGCGUACGCCAGCCCUGCCAAGCUGGAGUCCAUUGAUGGUGCCCGGUACCACGCCCUCCUGAUUCCCAGCUGUCCCGGGGCCCUGGCCGACCUGGCCAGCAGUGGCUCCCUGGCCCGCAUCCUCCAGCACUUCCGCUCGGAGAACAAGCCCAUCUGUGCGGUUGGCCAUGGCGUCGCAGCUCUGUGCUGUGCCACCCACGAGGACCGAUCCUGGGUCUUCCAGGGCUACAGCAUCACAGGGCCCUCUGUGUACGAGCUCGUCAGGGCACCUGGUUUUGCCCGCCUGCCCCUCAUCGUGGAGGACUUCGUGAAGGACGCCGGCGCCAGCUUCAGUGCCAGUGAGCCUGACGCCGUGCACGUGGUGCUGGACCGCCACCUGGUCACAGGCCAGAAUGCCAGCUCCACUGUCCCAGCUGUGCACAACCUGCUCUUUCUCUGCGGUGGCCGGAAAUGAGAUGGCUUCCUGCCUGCCAGUGGACGCUGCCCCCUCUAGACGACCGGAUUCAUCAGGCCUCCAGGGACCCCGCCUCCAUGACAGCCCGAGAGUGACUUCUGGAUGCCCAGCUGGACCCAGCGGGAUUGUUGGAGGCCUCUGAGAAUUAGCCCAGAGGAGUGUCAGCUCUGGGGGAGGGGCCGCCCUCCCCACGCCCAGGCCACUUGCUUUCCCUGGGGCAGAGUAGUGGAGGGGCUCAGGGCCGUCAGGUCGUCUCUGAGAAUUCCACAUGAGCUUGG